AGCGAGCGGAGCGGCGUGGAGCUACGGCGCCCGACGCGGAACUACGGUGUCCGGCGUGGGACUGCGGCGCCGGGGCGGAGCUGACCCUUCCCGCCGUCGCCAUGGGCUGGGAGGAGAAGCAGGUCCGCGGGUACUCCGAGUUCGUGCAGACGGCGCAGAGCUUCCACGGCCGGCCCAUCUUCGCGCUCUUCUGCGGCGACAAGGAUGCCGAGGGCAAGAGCUGGUGCCCGGACUGCGUGACGGCUGAACCAGUUGUGAGGAAUGAGCUUCAUAACAUGCCUGAUGGGUCUGUGUUUAUCUACUGCCUAGUAGGAGACAGAGCCUACUGGAAAGAUCCUAACAAUGAAUUCAGGAAGAACCUGAAACUAACUGGAGUGCCUACACUACUUAAAUAUGGAACACCUCAGAAGCUGGUUGAAGAAGAAUGUUUUAAAGCAGAGCUUGUGCGUAUGCUGUUUACUGAAGACUAAAGGCAUCAAUCAUUGACAGAGAGCUUCAUCUCAACCCCCUCCAGUGUCCUUUCAAGGAAUCCUCCACUUUUUUGUCUUUUCCCCCCCCUCUUUACACUCCCCUGGUUAAUUAUCUUGCCUAGAUUGAGGUAAAUGUCAUUGCAUUCCAGAUGCAAACCUUCCACAGAGCCUUGCAGCACCAAAAGUAAUAAAUGGGCCUUUCAUUUUCAAACAAACUUCAGUCUGAACAGAGUCUUUUUUCCAAGGAGCUCAGCUCAUAUAUUAUGAAUUUGGAGCAGCCUCCAAUUACUGAAAAGA